UACAUAUAUAUAUAGAACUAUAUGCAGUUGGAGGAUGGGGUCAGCAGCAGCAAGCUUGAGCCACUGCUGCACGUAUAUUAUUAAGAUCGAAAGCCACCACCAUGGCCUUGGCCUCUAAUAAGCUCCUCAUCAAGUACAGCUUCGUCACGGUGGCAUUCUUAGUCGCCAGCACUCGUGGGAGUGGCACCAUCCAGCUGAUCUUGGUGAACAACUGCGCGGAAUCCAUCUGGCCCGGGCUUCUGGGCACCGCCGGCCAGCCGACGCCGCAGUCGGGCGGCCUCCACCUGGCCCCCGGCGACGAGGCGGCCUUCGACGUGCCGGUGGGGUGGUCCGGCCGCGUGUGGCCGCGGCGCGGCUGCUCCUUCGACCAGCGCGAGCGGGGGCAGUGCGCGACGGGGGACUGCGGCGGCGUGCUCCGCUGCGACGGGCGGCCCGGCGCCGCCCCGGCCACGGUGGUGGAGAUGACGCUGGGCACCCCCAAGUCCCCGCUCCACUUCUACGACGUGUCGCUGGUGGACGGCUUCAACGCGCCGGUGUCCAUGGCCCCCGUGGGCGGCGGCGCCGGGUGCGGCGUGGCCGGGUGCCAGGCGGACCUGAACGUCUGCUGCCCGUCGGCGCUGGAGGUGAGGGACCGCGAGGGGAGGGUGGCCGGCUGCCGGAGCGCCUGCAAGGCCAUGGGAGGGGACAGGUACUGCUGCACGGGGGACUACGCGUCGCCGGACAGGUGCCGCCCCACCAUCUUCGCCCACGUCUUCAAGGCCGUGUGCCCCAAGGCCUACAGCUACGCGUACGACGACGCCACCUCGCUGAACCGGUGCAAGGCCAGCCGGUACCUCAUCACCUUCUGCCCACCGCCGACAUCCAGGAAAUGACGACCACAUCCAUGGAUUGCAUCUUCAAAAUAAUAAUACUUACUAAAUGUCCCUACGGUUUUUAUAUAUCAGUCAUGUAGAGCUUGUUUAAUUAGGAUACUUAUUUAAACAUAUUCCAAUCGGAGAGGUCUCUAUCCAACGAUCAA